AGCUCAAUGGACGUGGUUUCCUGUCUAGCCUGGUCAGCCACCAGUCUUCAGCUGGUCAAGACACUCCGGCGCGGCGAUCCCCAGACUACGCGGCUCCUCUACCAAGCAGGAGCUAUCCUGCGCCCCGUCGUUUGUGUGCUCGCCUACUUGCUCCAGAACCCUAACCUCCAUCGUCUCUCGGUUUAUGCGCUGGACAGCUUCGUCUAUGCACGCGUCUUCAUCUUCUUCUUCCAGUAUACCCCAUAUCUGCGGAAUACACCUGGCAACACCAUAUACGCGCUAGCCAUCCCCUUGGCGGCUGCAUUCAGCAUUCAUGAGAGCCGCGUGCCCGGGGCGUCGGUGGGGUUCGCGGAAUUAUAG